AGUGUGGAUUCUUGAACGCACCCCCAAAACACGAAAGAAUAAUUUAUGUACACUCUUAUUAUACCUAAGUGGAUGUGCAUCUUUAGAUGUCCCUAUGCAAAAGGAGCAGGCUAUCAUACACAAAGUAGACAGCUUGUGUUUCAACGGAAUCAAUCAAUUUAACAUUUGCAAUUAGUCAAGCCGGGGGUCGCUGACAGCUGAGCCGCAAUGGUGGAGAAGUCCGACCGGGCACCGCUACUGGACUGGGAGGAGGUUCCUCCCGCAGAGAAACCUGUUCCCACACCAGAAGAGGAGAAGGACGUCAAGGGGCCGAGCCCCGCCAACAGUCGGGCGUUGGGGUGCACUGUGCCGGGGAUAGGGUGGAGCACCAGUCCGGGGGGUCCUGGGUCUUUCACAUCAGCAGUCUCUAGCAUAGACACAUCCCUCUCACCCAGGAGCACGGUCCCCACCCCUGCGGAAUGGGAUGCUCAGUGUCUUGACAAGGAUGACCAUACCCCGGCCCCAGGACAAGGAGAGGUGCCGCACGAUAUCAUGGUGAAAUGGGAGGAAAAGGAUCCGAUCGUGGCCGUGUUUGUGGUGACAUUUGAUACAAGAUCAGGUAACAUGUUAGAGUGGUGUCUGCCAGGGGACAUGAACCUGGAGGGAGUAGAGUUCAAGGCUAUGGCCAGCGGCUCCCACAGAGUCUCCAGCGACUUCAUAUACUUCCGUAAGGGCGGGUACUUUGGCCUGGCGUGCUUUGCCAACAUGGCGGUGGAGAGUGUGGUGGAGAGGGGGGCAAGAAUGAAGUCUGUGGGUAUCCUGUCAACCUCUUACACCCUGCUGUACCGAUACAUGAGCUUCCUGGAACACCAAGUCAGGCUCCAGUUGAAAACUCCUGGCCAGUACUCUCCUCUGGAGGCGUUCUUUGAGGAUAAGAGAUCAGUGCUGCCCCCCGAUGGGGAGAGUGUGGUUACUGCAUGUCCUGGCAGUCCCUGGGGAGCAGCACUCAACCACUGUAUGCACCCUGAGAUGAAGAUCACCCACCCAGCUGGCUGCAUGUCUCAGUUCAUCCAGUUCUUUGGGGAGCAGAUCAUGGUCCUGUGGAAGUUAGCUCUGCUGAGGAGACGUAUCCUCAUCUUCUCUCCUCCACCUGUAGGCGUGGUCUGUUAUAGAGUGUACUGCUGCUGUUGCCUGGCCAACGUGUCCAUCCCGGGGGUGGGCGUGGCCGUGCCAGAGUUCCGCCCCUUCUUCUAUGUCAACGUGGCAGACAUCGAUACCCUGGAUACGGAACUGUCCUACGUAGCAUGCACCACAGAGAAGAUCUUUGAGGAGAAGCGUGACCUGUAUGACGUCUAUGUGGAUAACCAGAAUGUGAGGACGACCAGAGAGAGUCUGAAGCCUUUACUGCGUCUCAACACUGCAGACCGAGAGAAGUACCGCAAACUCACUGAACAGAGGCAGAUGCUGUUAUAUUCUCAGGAGGAGAAUGGAGACUGUGUGUCCAGUGAAGAGGACCACUUCAUUCUGUUUUUCCUGGAGCAGAAUAACCGUAUCUUCCAAACGCUGAGUGAGGUGGCAGGGAGCCCUGAGCCCAUCCUAACCCAGGAGAGUGUGAGGGCCAUGGGGCUAGACCCUCACGGAGACAGGCUCUUCCUGCUCUACCUGCUGGAGACAUACGGCUAUGACAGCCUCCUGGUCACCGAUCACCCUUGCUGCAGCUGAGGCCUGGGUGGCACUCUGACUGACAUACAGGGUCCUACACACCUAGACACACAGACUCAAUACAGACAGUCUGGAGUCUGGACUAUGAGAGGUCAGAAUACUUUGGCAAGGCUGAGACCAGAGCCUGUAUUCAUGAAGCGUCUCAGUAGUGCUGAUCUCAGAUCCGUUUAUUCUUUUAGAGCUCAUUACAUGGACAGGGGGGACCUGAUCCUAGAUCAGCAUUCCUACUCAGAUGCUUUAUGAAUACGGGAGACUCUCAGGCCAAAAAAGCAAAUGAAUGGAGAGAGCCACUGAACCAGAAAAGACUAAUGGAAUUUGGUUCUUGGCACUGUCCUGUGACAUUCAUGGAUGCUCAGUCUGGAUUGUUAACCAUCGCCUUCCUGCCUGUCAAUAAAAUGUACAGUACAGAGGAAUGUCAUUCAUGUCUAUCCCCAACCCUCUUUUUCUGGAGGAGUGGAGCCAACCAGAAACAUCCUGGAACUCUGGAGAUUCGGUGCCAAUGAGCAGAACUUACCAAGGAAGUCAUGCUUAGGGUUCCUUCUGUUUUCAAAUGGGGAGUCAAAUCUAAAGUCUGUGGUGAUGUCCUCAAACUGAGGGAGGAUUUGUCACUUCUCUUAAUAGGAAAUCUAUGUUUUUGAGAGAAGAAAUCACCAAGCUUUUGUCUGUAAAUAGAUAGGGAUGUGUAGAAUGUGUUUUAUUAUAAAAUGAUCCCAUUAAGUCACUGGUAAGCCCAGAACCUCUGUGGUCAGCAUUGUAUAGAAAUGGCCAUCAACACCAUCCAUAAUCAUGAUACUACGGAUAUGAUACUAAGGGCCCGAUUCAAUCCGUAGCGCUGAAGAUCCACGCUACAGUGCGAUAUACAUUUAAAGGCAACGUUUACGCGUUCGCGGAGACUGCAUUCAGAGUAAACGCUGCAUAUGUCAGCUCAUUGGGAAAUCCCCUUUACAGUUCAGUCGUGCAACUUCCGUGAUACGGACUGAAUCGAGCCCUAAGUACACAAUACUAGUUCACAUGUGGAUUUGGUUUCUGGUGAAAGAGGGGUCUGGACUCACCAGCACACUUUCUUAUGACGUCCAACAUAGAAAUGUAACAACUUUAUAUGACUUUAAAAAUGUACCUUUAAUCACAGCUGUUUGACCAAGAGGUUUUGGGCUCAAAUCUAAACGUAUGCUUUUGUGUGUUUCCGCAGUUCUCUAUGUCAAAUACACAAAGAGUGAAAAAUGUGAAUUAGCUGGUGGCUCAAUGGUUAAAUCCCAUCCUUCAGACCAAGAGGUUGCAAGUUUGAACCUAAUUUCCUAUAUUGCGAACGUUUCAGCAACUCGAUGUCAAACAUACAGAGUAUGGUAUCAAAUGUGAUGAAGGUGGUGGUGCAAUAGUUCAAUUACUGCCUUGAGACCAAGAGGUUCUAGCUUCAAACCUCAUCUACUUAGCUUUUGUGUACAUUUCCGCGACUUUAAUUGUCAAACAUACAAUGUGAUGGUGGUGUAGUGGUUCUAUCUCUACCUCAACACUUAGAGGUUGUGGGUUCAAAACAACAUUCUUCUGCUUUUGUGUGUGUUUCCGCAACUCUCAAUGUCAAACAUACGAAGGGAAUGGUAAAAACUACUGUCUCCAUUUCUGUUGAGGUUUAAAUUGUUUUUGGUUUGCGCCUCCGCAAUUGUGACUGUCAGAAAUACAAAGAAAAGCAGAUCUACAGUAAUGGACCAGUGGAGGCUGGUGAGGGGAGGAUGGCUCAUAAUAAUGGAUGGAAUGGAGUUAGUGGAAUGGUAUCAAACACAUGGAAACUAUGUGUUUGAUACCAUUCCAUUUAUUCCGCUCCAGCCAUUACCACAAGCCCAUCCUCCCCAAUUUAAGGUUCCACCAACCUCCUGUGAUGGAGACACUUUACGUCAGUGAUGGUAAACUGUGAAUGACUGAGGGUGGCAGGUAGCCUAGCGGUUAUGAGCGUUGGACCAGUAACCGAAUGGUCGCUGGUUUGAAGCCCAAUACCGAAUAGGUGAAAAAUCUGUCAAUGUGCCCUUGAGCAAGGCACUUAACUCUAAUUGCUCCUGUAAAUCGUUCUGAAUAAGAGCGUCUGCUAAAUUACAAAAAAUGUUUAAAUAAAAAUGUAAACAAAAGAAUUGUCUGGCUUAAAAAAAAAAAAAUGAUGCUCUUUAUUGAUUCAUCAGAACUGUUCACAUCAGAAAUCAUUACAUAAGUUACAGUGCUCCCUUCACAUAGGGAAGAGCAGGAAGCCACUGAAGGUGUAGUUAUUAGAAUGAUCAAAGAGCCUCCUGCCUGAAGGGAGACACAUGUACAUCACAUCCCCCUCCUCCAGCUCUAGAGUCAAUGCAUUAGACCUGUACCGAAGAUCUCCAUGGGUACCAUAUUAGUGAUUUAACAGAACUCUCUUGUCAUUGUGGUAAAGAUAUACACACAUGAAUGCGAUGUGAGGUAAUCCAUGGCAGUGAAUCUGAUGUAGACUCCUCUCACUGGUGCUGUGAAGAUACCUGCAUCAGAGGAAGGAGGGAUCAGCCCUGUUAAUACCUGGUUCUAACAUGCAGCCUUUGUCCUGAUGCUGUCCACAUUCUGAUUGUGCCCACAUUUUAAAUGACGCAGUGUGAUGUGAUCAGAUCUUAAAAGUGUAAAAAGACAAGAUGAGGGCACAUGUUAACAGCAGGUAUAAACAGGGCUAGAGAAACUGUUGGUAAUGCUGGACUAGCUGGAUUCAGUGUGUGUUGAUUUGUGUGGUUAGUAGGCUACCUGUAGUUGGUUUGCAGGCCAUGCUGAUGUUGGUGACGACUUUGCUGUAGAAGUCUGGUGUCAGUAUUGACACUGAUUAUUGAAAGAUAAAUAAAGCCCAUGAAAGACAA